AUGUCGACUACUCCCGGAGUCUCGUACAAGAACGGCAAGAAGGUCUUCAUCCCGCUUGAGAACAACCCCGAGGUCUUCAACAAGCUCAUCCACAACCUCGGCGUGUCUGAGAAACUCGGCUUCUACGAUGUCUACAGCGUCGACGAGCCAGACCUGCUGGCCAUGAUUCCCCGUCCCGUCCAUGCUCUCAUAUUCAUCACCCCCGCGCCCAUGUACUACCGCGUGCGCGAGAACGAUCCCGGCUCCGAGGAGUUGACCUACGGCGGCGCUGGCCCUGAUGAGCCCGUUACCUGGUACAAGCAGACCAUUGGCAACGCCUGUGGCCUCAUUGCUCUCCUCCACAGCGUGAGCAACGGCUCAGCAAAGGAGUUCAUCGUCCCUGGCUCGGAUCUCGACAACCUCCUGAAGCAAGCUCUCCCUCUCAAGCCGCUACCACGUGCCGACCUUUUGUACAACUCUGCCGAGUUGGAGAAAGCCCACAUGGCCGCCGCAGUUACGGGCGAUACCGUAGCCCCUGCUAGCCAGGAGCCAGUCGGUUACCACUUCAUCAGCUUCGUCAAAGGGGAGAACGGGCACCUGUAUGAUCUUGAGGGAGGCUGGGGAGGUCCAAUCGACCGAGGUGUGUUGGCUGAUGACGAGGACCUCCUCAGCGACAGGGCGUUGGAGGCUACUGUCAAGAAGUUUACCAAUGCCGCCGAUGGAAACCUCGAGUUCAGCAUCAUCGCUCUGGCGACUGUGCCUGACGAGAAUUAG